AUGGGUGUACCGUUCGAAGCUUUGCUUCCCUACGCGAUCAUCCUCGCCAUGUUCGGCGUGACUGGCGGCGGUCUCUCAAAAUUCAGAAAUUGGCAGAACGGGGGCAAGAGGCCGCGACGGUCGGUGGAUCAAUGGGAUAGGCAAAUGAUGAACCGAGACCGCCGAUUGACUGGAUCACUACGAGGCCAGAGCGAUGCGCCCCUCGCUCCGGCAGGCUUCGAGCUGAACAACCCGUGGAGGGUCGAGAAGCGCUUUUCAUGAAGGACGCAAACGGCGAGGGACGAAGGGUAAUAAACGCAUUACGUGGCUGACCAACCCUCUUUUGUACAAAGUCGACGAGUACAUCAUGGCAGUUAACCAAAUCCGCAUUGA